GCACACGCAGGCACAGAACCCGAGCGCAAACACCGGGACCCGCAGGCAGCGGGCAGGCAGGGCUGCCGCAACAUGUGGGCCGUAACACAGGACGUGUCCUCGGCCGCUAUCGCCAACCUCAAGGAAUCCAGCCACGGAGGUUCUUUCCACGGCCGGCACACUGUGACUAUCGACAAGCUUCCGGACAAGGUGCUGCUCCUGAUCUUCUCGUACCUGCCCCAGCGCGAGGUGGGCCGGCUGGCCCGCGUGUGCCGCAAGUGGCGCACCGUGUCGGCCGACUCGCGCCUCUGGACGCACGUGUCGCUGCGGCCCGAGGUGUCCGGCCUGCACGUCUCCAGCAUCGAGAAGCUGCUCGCGCUGAUCGCGGUGCGCUUCGGCGCCUCGCUGCGCUACAUCGAGCUGCCCAUCGAGCUCAUCACGCACACCGUGCUUCAUGAGCUGGGCAACAAGUGCCCCAACUUGACGCACAUGCUGCUCGACUUCUCGACGGCCAUGCAGCUGCACGACUUCAACGACCUGCACACGUUCCCCACCAAGCUGAGAGUGAUGUGCAUCUGCCUGUCCGAGGUCAUCUUCAUGGAGGGUUUCAUGCGCAAGAUCUACAAUUUCAUCAACGGACUCGAGGUGCUCCACCUCAUCGGCACAUACGAGAAAGUCGAAGAGGAAGAGGAGGAAAUUUACGAAGUCAUCAAUAUUCACAAGAUUAAGAGUGCCGUGCCGAACCUUCGCUGUGUCAACAUGUACGGCAUCGCGUUCGUGGACGACAGCCACGUCGAAGCCUUCAGCAGCAACUGCAUUCAGCUCGAGUGCCUGUCACUGAACUUUUGCGCGAAAGUGACGGGUUCCACGCUGAAGUUGCUCUUUCAGAGGUGUAAAAAGCUCAAGACUCUACUGAUGCAGCAGACGGGGCUCAAGGCCGAGCACGUGAUGGCAGCCGACUGGGAAAAUACGAACAUCCAAGAACUGGAUAUUACAGCCACCGAGCUCCCCACCGAGUGUCUCAGCGACCUGCUGUCUCGGCUGCCAAACUUGCGUUACCUGUGCGCUGGCCAACAGGAUGGCUUCACUGAUCAGGUCUUGAAGGACUGGAUGGAGAAGGGGAACAUCAAAAACCUGAUUGCUCUGGAUCUCGACAGGAACGAAAACAUUUCGGAAGAGGCACUUCUGAAGCUCCUCAAGGUGCAGGGUCACAUGCUUCAGGGACUCGUUCUGUCGGGCAUUCCGCACCUGUGCGAGCAGUUCUGGCAAAGCACUCUGCAGAUCAUCAAAAAGAUCAGGAUUCUCGUUGCCGGCAUGGCGACUGGCUGCUGCAAGAAGAUUCACCAGAAGAUUCACAUCGACUCCAUGCUUGAUGCCAUCGCCAACAACUGUCCUGAAAUUGAGAGGCUUGAGAUUGGCUGGGACAGCGAGACGCUUCGAUUCAGUGACCGCAGCAGUAAGGCCAUAGACACGGUGCGAGUGAAGUGUCUCCGCUUGCGCUGUCUUGUUCUCUGCGACGGAAAGUAUUUCGAGCUGGUUAAGUCGAACUUUGACCGAGCCGACAGACACACGUUGGUUCGCUCUACAACAAACUGCAGAGUCACGCUUGUCUACCUCCUGUCCUGCUACAAGGAUCUCAUCUUUAACUGAGUCCAAAUGGAGUUUGCAUCACAACUUGCAAGCAAGCAUCUUGAA